AUGGCCGAGACCGAGAUCCCCAACCCGAGCGAGCAAUCGCCUAGCUCGCCUUUGCAGAAUGUUCGUACGAAUGGUCGUGCCUUUGAGUCGGCCAACUGGCGCAUGAAGGGUGAAGGUGGUGCCAGCAGCAACCCCACGUCGCCCUCCCCUCGCGCCAGCACUUCUCGCCCAUCUUUCGGUCAACGAGGACAGACCCCUCAGGCGAUCACCGAUGGUCGCCGUUUAUACGUGGGAAAUAUGCCGUACACGGCGAAGGCAGAGGAUGUGGAGGCGUUGUUCACGGCGGCCGAGUUUUCCAUUGAGCGUGUCGACAUCGCGGUUGACCCUUUCACCGGCCGGAACCCCUCGUACUGCUUUGUGGAUGUGGGGAGUAAAGAGGAGGCGGCUCGCGCGAUGACGGAGUUGGAUGGCAAGGAAUUGCUGGGACGGAUGGUGAGGAUCAAGCCUGGAGUGCAACGGUCUGCGGCAAACCCGGGGUCAUCUUCACCUUCACCUUCACGUUCGACUUCGAGUGGAAUGGGAAUGGGAAUGUCUGGGGUACCAUCCCCCAGCAUGGACCGUUGGCGUCGCCCUGAUCAAAGCGCCACCACUGCCAGCACCAGCUCCAACUCCAGCCCCAGCAUUUCCAAGACACAAGGCGAUUCCAGCCGGAGGGUAUAUGUGGGUGGGUUACCACGAGUGGCGGAUCAGGAGGAGUUGCAGAGCAAAGUGACGGUCUUCUUCCAGGGAUACGAGGUGCAAGAAGUGAGCAAGCUGUUUGCACCACACCUGGCCAAGAGAUUCGAGCCCGGUGAGCACAACUACCUCUUUGUGGAGCUGGCGAGUGUGGAGGAGGCACAGAGGGCGAUGGACUCUCUUAAUGGAGCUGAUGGACCGUGGGGAGGGCCAUUGCGAGUGCAGCGGGCUCGGGGGGAGCAGGUGAAGGCAUAG